GAGGACGAAAGCUUUAUUAAUCCCAUCCAACUAUCUAUUUUUAGCCACCGUUUUACGAGUAUCGCCGAGCAGAUGGGCCGAUUACUCGAGAAAACCUCGGUUUCAAUCAAUAUUAAGGAACGAUUGGACUAUUUAUGUGCCAUAUUCUCGCCAAUUGGCGGCCUCGUUGCAAAUGCUCCCUAUAUCCCUUGCCAUCUAGGAGCCAUGAGCUUUGCCGUUGCC